AUGGCCCUGGACGAAAAGACCGCAACUGAAGUCGUCGGGCACCAAGAUGUCCUUGGCACGUCGAUGACCAAAAAUCUCAGCUCCGAGGCUGCAGCCACUGGUCAAGGUGUAAGCGGCUAUGAAGAUCUUUCCCUUUGGGCCACUGUGAAGAAGUUUAAGUUCAACUCUUUCAUAUGCUUCAUAGUCGCUCUUAGUGCCGCUACCGAUGGCUAUCAGAUUGGUAUGGUUGGGAACAUUAUCGCCAACGCCGGCUUCGUGGAACAGUUCGGGACUGAGAUUAACAGCCAAGGCCAAAAAUAUCUGGCCUCACCAGUUCUUAGCGGAUUCAAUGGCAUUGGCUCCGCUGGCCAAAUCAUUGGCAUGGUCACGCUUCCAUUCCUGUCGGGUCGUUGGGGCAGAAAGUUUGCCAUGUACUGGCUGUGGUUCCUCCUCGCCCUAAGCGUCGCCUUGGAGUGCAUCGCCAAGAACUGGCAGGUAUGGCUUGUGGCCAAACUUUUUGGGGGCAUUGGGGUCGGAUGCCUGCAGACUACCAUUCCCACGUACAUCUCUGAGGUGGCACCCACGCGGAUCCGUGGCUCACUCCUCAUGUGCUACAGUUUGUGGUGGCUCAUCGGCCAGUUCUUCGCUCCCGUCGCCCUUCAAUCUCAAAUUGGUCUCAUGAUUAUCAUUUACCUCUUUGUACCCGAGUCACCCGCAUGGUGUGUCUCGCAGGGCAAGGAGGAGCGCGCCAGGAAGGCCCUCCGUCAACUGCACUGGGAUGUAAACGGUUAUGACCUUGACCACCAGUACAACCUUCUAGUUCUUAUCGUUGAGCAUGAGAAAGAGGUCGCCGCCGAGCAGCGCCGCGAGAAAUGGUACUCCAUCUUCCGCGGACAAGAUGGUCUCCGAACAGUCAUUGCUAUGUGGACCCUGCUUUCGCAACAGUUCAUUGGUCUAGGCAUCUUUUUCGCCUAUGUCACCUAUUUCUUUCAGCAGACCGGCAUCCAAGAUCCGUUCAAGAUCACUUGCAUAGUAUCUGGCAUCAACAUAUUUUUUAGCGUCAUCGUAAUCUACCUUGCGGAUGUUGUUGGUCGACGUUUGUUGGCUUGUGGUGGCACCACUAUUUGCUGGGUAUGCACCGUGGUUGUCGGCAUCCUAGGAGUCACCCCUGAGACCAAUGCAUCUCAGUAUGUGUUGGUGUUGUUCACCGUUAUUUGGAAUGUUGGUUUGGUCGCGAACGGUGCCACGGGCUGGGGCUUUAUUGGAGAGAUUUCGUCCCAGCGUCUUCGCCACUAUACAGCUGGGUUUGCAGCCGCUUCUACCUGCGUUGUCGGUGUCGUGCUGGGCGUCCUCAUUCCGUACAUGAUCAACGCCAAUGAUUGGAAUUGGGGUCUGAAAACUUCGUGGUUCUUUGUCGGCCUUGGCCUACCGUUCACAGCAGCGAUGUGGUUUCUCAUUCCUGAGACGAAAGGACGGUCUGCGGCCGAGCUUGAUGAGCUCUUCGAAAGAAAGAUUAGGCCAUGGAGAUUCCAUAAGACUGCCACGGUAACUCAGCGCAUGGUCGAAACCAGUAAGGAGGCCAACCAGAUGGUGGUUUGA